AUGGCACGUUCCGGUAAUCCGAAGUUUUCACUUUUUCAUGGCCUUGUUCUCAUACUUCUAUGCUUUUGGUUAGAGGCUUGCAUUUCCAGAGACACAAUUACAUCUACACAAUCCAUCAAAGACCCUGAAAUUAUAGUCUCCCUUGGAAAGACCUUCAAUCUGGGAUUCUUUAGUCCUGUUAAUACUACAAAUCGUUAUGUUGGUAUCUUGGACAACAUCCCAGUGACGACUGCUGUAUGGGUUGCCAAUAGAGACAAGCCUUUGAAUGAUUCAUCUGGGAUUGUGACGAUAUCCGAGGGUGGUAAUCUGGUAAUCUUGAAUGGGCAGAAGGGGGUCAUUUGGUCAUCAAAUGUUUCGAAUCCUGUGGCCAAUUCAAGUGCCCAGCUUCUAGAUACCGGGAACCUUGUCUUACGAGAAAACUCUAGUGGAAGGAUCAUAUGGGAGAGUUUUCAACAUCCUUCAGACUCAUACUUACAGAAGAUGCGACUUGGUACUGAUGCAAAAACAUGUGAGAGGACUCUGUUGACAUCAUGGAAAAGUCCCUCGGAUCCAUCCAUUGGAACUUUCUCUUCCGGAGUUGAUCCUCUAAACAUCCCUCAUCCAUACUGGCGUAGUGGUCCUUGGAAUGGUCAGGUUUUUAUAGGAAUUCCAACAAUGCAUAAAUCAUAUGACGGUGAAUUUACUCUUGUCGAUGACAAAAAAGGAACUGUUGAUCAAACUUUCAGCUAUGCCAAUGAUUCCAUUGUAUUAUACUUCCAGUUGAAUUCUGAAGGAUUUCUCCAGAAGAAGGCUCGGUUUGUUGGGAAAGUAGACUGGUACGUGUUGUGGUGGGCGCCAACAAAUGUGUGUGAUGUUUAUGGCAAGUGUGGACCAUUUGGAAGCUGUAAUUCAGUGGAGUCACCAAUUUGUACCUGUUUAAGGGGAUUUGAGCCAAAGCAUAUGGAUGAAUGGAGUCAAGGAAAUUGGUCUAGUGAAUGCAAAAGAAAGACACCAUUGCAAUGUGAGAGAAACAAUACAGUCAAUGAAAAGGGAAAAGCGGAUGGAUUUUUGAAGCUUGAAAGAGUAAAAGUACCAGAUUUUGAGGUGUGGGUACCUGGUCUAGAAGACAAUUGUGGAAGCCUGUGCUUGAAUAACUGUUCAUGUACAGCUUAUUCAAGUUACUCUGGAAUUGGGUGUAUGCAAUGGAGUGGAAGUCUAAUUGACAUCCAAAAAUUCCGAGAUGGUGGGGCGGAUCUUUACGUUCGAGUGGCAAAUUCAGAGCUUGACAAAGAGAAGAAUGUUAAAACAGUUCUCGCAAUUACAAUAAGCAUAGGGUCAGUCACCAUUGCAAUCUGCGCAUAUUGUUUUUGGAGGUGGACGGCCAAACACAAAGGGAAAAAUGCCAGAUGGGCAAGAAAUAGCCGUGAAAAGACUUUCAAGAUUUUCUGGACAAGGUCUAGAGGAGUUUAUGAAUGAAGUUGUGGUGAUUUCUAAACUCCAGCAUCGCAAUCUUGUCCGACUUCUUGGCUGCUGUGUAGAAGGAAAAGAAAAGAUGUUGAUAUAUGAAUACAUGCCAAAUGGAAGCUUGGAUACAUUUCUUUUUGAUUCACUAAAACAAGAACUCCUUGAUUGGAGUAAACAUGCCAACAUCAUUGAAGGGAUUGGUCGUGGCCUGCUUUACCUUCAUAGAGAUUCCAGAUUAAGAAUUAUUCAUAGAGAUUUGAAACCGAGUAACAUUUUGUUGGAUGCACGGCUAAACCCAAAGAUUUCAGAUUUUGGCAUGGCAAGGAUUUUUGAAGGCAACCAAAAUCAAGCCAAUACUAGAAGGGUCGCUGGAACAUACGGCUAUAUGGCACCCGAAUAUGCAUUGGAAGGAAUAUUUUCAGAAAAGUCUGAUGUCUACAGUUUCGGAGUGUUGAUAUUAGAGAUUAUAUCAAGGAGAAGGAACACCAGCUUUUAUGAUGAUGAGCACUCUUUAAGCCUUCUAAGAUUUGCAUGGAAAUUUUGGAAUGAAGGUAACAUUGGUGCUCUAGCAGAUCCAAUGAUGUCUGAUCUGCGCUUCAGAAUGGAAAUAUCGAGAUAUAUACAUGUAGGACUAUUAUGCGUCCAAGAAUCUGCAAAAGAGAGGCCAAAUGUGUCGACUGUGCUUUUGAUGCUUGGUAGUGAAAUUGCAGAUCUUCCUUCCCCAAAACAACCUGCAUUUACCGAACGACAUGUUUAUUCAGAGAUACAGCCUUCUCAUCAGAGUCAAAAACAGGGUUCUAUCAACAAUCUCACCGCCACAACCAUGGUGGGCCGAUAAUUUGCAAAUCAUGAGAAUGAUUUUCAUUUUUUGGUCUUCCCAUUAAAUUAACUAUGUAGCAUUAGGUUACAUUGUAAAUGAUAAUAGAGUGGUUUUACAACCCCAGUAUCAUUAGGCUGCAUAAUUCUAAGUAUGAUUGCUUCUUCAACGUAUAAUCGACACAACAUUGAUAAUUAUAAACUUAGCCUUAGUUAUUUCGGAUGAUAAAUGGGUAGAUUUAUCAAACUUGUCAAUUAAGAUGUCAUUUUAGAGUGACGGGGGAAAACCUUUUUGGACAUGUAUGAAGGAUGAUUAUUCAUUUGGCAGUCACCCAGUCACUCUAGAUCUUCAGUUUUCUCUCUCUCUCUCUCUC